AUGCCUCGCCAAGCCACCCGGCCGGUGGAUAAGCUACGAGGACCCGUUCGGAAGGCGGCGCUGGCUGGAUUGGAUCGCACCUCUCUUCAGGAUGAUCCCCUUCUGACCGGGCUGUCGGAGCUGCAAACGAAACAGGCCCUCAAAGUGCUGGAUACGUAUUGCGCCAACGUGCAACGCCAGGGGAGCGGGCGGAUCCAGAACAAGGCCGCGUACCUCAUGUCGCUGAUACAGUCGUACAAACUUGGCCCGGCCCCGGGUGCCACCGCGGGGUCGGCUCAGAGGCUCCUGGAGCGGCUGAGCCCCCCUGUGUCCCAAGCGGUGCAGGGGGUCUUCGAUCCGGUGCUCGACCGCUGCGUAUACGAGGACCGCGCGUUGAUGGAGCUCCUGGCGAAGGUGCCCGAAGAGCAGGCGCUGGCGGCGCUGAAGAAGUACCGCGCGACAGUACAGCGCCGGGGGCGAGAUGCCAUCGAGAACCGCUGCGGGUAUUUGAUAGGCUUCCUCAAGCAGUACCAAGACGGAGUGGCCAUAGUCGGUGUCCCCGGCAACGCGAUGCACCAGGCUCGCAACGCUCUCGAGUCGAGCUCGAAUGGCUACGGCCAGCACUUGACGAACGGGUCGGCAGGCCAAUCGUCGUCCUCGGCGACGAAUGGCCAUAACCCGAACGCGAACGGCGCUAGGAACGGUGCGAUGAACGGCGCGGCGGGAGGUCCGUCCGCGACCGCGACUUCUUCCUCUCAAGGGACGGGGGCGGCCGGAAACGGGGGCCCCGGGGGCGGCGGAAACUCUUCGGGGGUCCGACCGAUCACGUACCUCCAGGCUCCGGUGCGGAAAGAGCUGGAGAAGCUGUUCGAAUCGGGCAAGGACAAAACCGUCCUCGAAGACGUUGGGCUCAUCAAGCAGCUGUCGAGGCUGGGAGAGGAGCAGGCUUUGGCGGCGCUCAAGAACUACAAGGAGGCCUCCAAGCACCGGCGAGACAUCCACAACAAGUCCGCCUAUUUGAUGGGAAUUUUGCGAGGCUACAUCGAGGGCACCACCCCGAUCUCCAAGGCCCCCUGGGAAGGAGGGGGCAACGAAGACGGCUCGGGCGUCAAUGCACCCACCGCGCCGCCCGGGAGCAACCGGGCGCGAGGACGUGGUCGUGGUGCCGGGCAAGUCGAUGUCGAACGUAGCGACCCGAAUCCGCUGCCACAAUCGAACGUGCCGUCGCCAGCGCCAGCCCCAGCGCCGGCGGCGGCGGCGGCGCCAACACAGCCGCAGCCACAGCCGCAGUCGCAGUCGCAGCCGCAGCCACAGCCGCAGUCGCCAGCAACCCCUCCCGCCGCGCCCUCUGCGGCACCCGCGGUCGUUGUUUCCGCGCCGCCGCGAGAGCUGGGUGGAUUCGCGAAUGCUCCUGCGCAGACCCAACAGCAGCAGCUGACGCAGCCGCCGCCGUCGUCGUCGCCGUCGCCCCCGGUAGUGCACCCGGCCGCACCGUUGACCUCGAUAUCCGCGACGCCAUCGGCCUCGCCCCCUCUCGGCGGGGACAGACGUUUCCUCGCCAGCUUGAGACACGACGGCGCGAGCGGAGGGUCUUCGCAGGGUCAGUACGAGCCGUCGAACGGCCUUCUGUACAUGAACGGCAGCGGAACGCACCACCAGCAGCAACAGCAGCAGCAACAGCCCCUGCGGCACGUGUCUCCGCACGAGUCACUGUUUGGCGGCGGUCAUCUGUCGGCCAACCACCACGGGGGUCAGCCGCAGACCUUGGUUGGGCCGGGCUUGCUCGGUGGCGAUUUUUUGGCGAGCGGCGGGGGUGCCGACUGGACGGGGGGCGCACCUCUUUCCGGCACCGCUCAUGGUGGCGGAUCUGAGUCACUUUUCGGGUCCGGGUUGCUAGCGGGGGAGAACUUUGGCAGCUGCAACAACAGCAGCAGCAACCUCGGAAACGCGGUUCCUCAGUCCCCGGGUUCGGGCUCGGGCUCGGGUCUUGGAUCAACAUCGGGGGUGGGCUCGAGCUUCUUGUCUGUCCCCGACUCGGGAGUUGAGUCUCCUCUGAGCAGUGACGCGGGGAAUGAUACUCCCGGCACGCUCCCCUCUUCGACGACGACAGCAACGGUGUCGGCUGGGUCCUUGUCCGUGGCAGGGUCGUCGUCAUGUAACGGGUCGACGGACUACGCUUCGAGUGGCUCGCCGGAAUCGGGCCAGGGCAGGGAGAACACCGACUCGUCGAACGGCAACGGUGUGGUGGAUGUGCUGGCGCGACUGAAUUUGAGCAAGUACGUUGCGGUUCUGGCGGAAGCGGAGGUCGAUCUGGACGCGCUGCGGCUUUUCGGCGAGGACGACUUGAAGGACCUAGGGUUUCCCAAGGGGCCACGCAUCAAACUUCUUCACGAGGUGCAAAACCUCAACUUUCCGCCAAGGGCAUGAGCCGGGGGGUGAUUGGUGUAGCAGUCAGAAAGACGGAAGGCCCGUCUGGUCCUGAAUAAGAACACCAUCUUAAUUAAACACAUGGCUGUCGUGUUGGUUGUGACGGGGGGGGGGGGGG